GUAAAAUUUCAACAACAAACAAACAAACUAGGACACAUCUAGAGAGAUGGUGUCUGAAAAGGUCUUUCUGUUUAGGCUUUCAUAUUCCAUGUGAAAGCUGCUGAGAAAAGGUAAUUUGUACUUUGUUUCUGGUGUUAUGUGUUCUCGGCAUCUUUUACAGUCAGAUUUUGCAAAAGGUUAGAUUUUCUGACCCUUUUCCCUUUUUUCUUUUUCCACCUGAAAUAUGGUUACUUUUUUCUCUAUCGAUCUCCUUCUGAUUUGGUGAAAAUUUUCGAGUAUUGAUGAACACCAAAGCUAUCCUGUUGUUUUUAUUUGCCUUUGAAUGGACUAAACAAUUCCAGCAUAUACAGGAAAUAAUUGAUGCUAUUUUUUCCAGCUGAAACGUUGAAAAUUAUAUCGUAGAAGACUUUGGGGGCUUGGAUAUUGAAGAAAAAAGAAGUGAAUAAUAAGGAUGGGUUAUAUGUGUGAAUUUUGCGGAGAAGAGAGAUCAAUUGUAUACUGCCAGUCUGAUACUGCUUGUUUGUGUCUGUCCUGUGACCAAAAUGUUCAUUCCGCAAACGCCCUCUCGCGCCGCCAUCUCAGGACACUUGUAUGUGAAAGAUGUAACGAGCAACCCGCUUUUGUUAGAUGUAUGGAGGAAAGGGUAUGUCUUUGCGAGAGUUGUGAUUGGGCGGGGCACUCGGGCGGGUCAACCCACAAGAGACAAGCAGUUAGUUGUUAUUCGGGCUGUCCUUCGGCUUCUGAGCUUUCGGCGAUGUGGUCUUUUCGCUCUGAUUUCACAUCGGUCGGUGAUGAUUUCGCUUGUGAACAGGGAAUGGGUUCAAUGUGCAUCACUGAUAGCCAAGGAGCACCUGAAAGGAAUAACAACUUCAAUGAAGAUGUGGAUGAAGGCAGGAACAUAAAAUACGAGAAUAUUCGAGUGCUGCCACUAAACGGAGCUACCUGCUCCGCUUCAACCAAGGUUUGCUGUUCUGGAACUAAAGGUCAGAGUUUCUGCGAAGAUGGUUCUUUUAAUGUGGGUUUCGAUGUGGAUGAAAUUGAUAUUGGUUUUGAAAACUACGAGGAACUAUUUGACAUGUCUCUUAACAAUCAAGAAUGCAUGUUUGAAGAUGACCUGUUCAACAUGAAUGAUAUUUCCAGUUCCCAGGGGAAAGCAAUGCAACCAACAUACAACAAUGCUGAUUCCAGAACACAACCCAAUCUUUGCUACACCAGAGAGGGUAUUGCGGGGGAUUGUCAUCAGGACCGUGUUGCUUCCUCGAUGAUUCUCAUGGGAGAGCCACCGCCGUGGGCCUCCUCGGCUUCUGAUAAUUUAAUGCCAUCCACUAUUAGGAGCGAUGCUGUGUUACGCUACAAAGAAAAGAAAAAGACACGCAAGUUUGAAAAGCAAGUUAGGUAUUCAUCGCGCAAGGAAAGAGCUGAUGUUAGAAGGCGUGUGAAGGGACGAUUCAUCAAGGCUGGUGACGCUUAUGAUUAUGAUCCACUCACCCCUACCAAAAGCUACUGAGUAUUUUCAUUCUUUAUCGGGGAAUCUCAAUCUGAUCUCAUUUUGAAUGGAGAAUAUUGGGUAUGUCUCCGUCAUGUGUGAGCAUAUGAUUGGGCGCAGUCGAGCUUUUCUUACAACAUCACCACAGAUAUGAUUACAAAAGAAAAAGUUGGACGACAUGAUGCUUGGCCAUUAACAAAUGAACAUGCAAUCAUGGAGUUUUUGGCAUUUUGCAUUGAUUUAAAUCACAAGUUGUAUGCUGAAGUGUACUUGUAUGCCUCAUCGAACAACUCGAUCUAUUGGAUGGAUUCAGUCUCGGGUUCGGCUUUGGAAGAUAGAAGAACUGUAAUUUUUGCCUAAUAUAUAUUCAUGUCAUGCAUCAUCUUACCCACAUUGUGCAAUAUGUAGGAGUUCAGUGUAUGUUGCAACCCCCCACCCCCCUCGGCAUUAUUUUUUAUUACUCCGUAUUAAUUUCUGUUUUGUUCCAUAAUGUGUGAAACAUGGGUUGAUGUAGUGUUUUUGUGAUUCAAAAUAGGAUAAAACUACAUGAGAUGCUCAUUAUAAGAACAUGUUAUGUUUACAUAGUUGCAAUUCAUUUCCGGUAUAAAAAGAAUCAUAGAGAUGUAAUGCAUA